UCGCCGCGUCGCUUUUUCUUAUCGGUGCUGCCCGCGCCCCGAUCGGUUUCAAGCUCUAGAGCGACGCGUCCUUUCAAAUUCGUUUGUCGUUUGUCGUCGUUCGCCGCCUGUGUGUGCUUGUGUCCGUCGCCCUCGACGUCGUCGUCGUUGCAAGCGAACGCGUUCGUGAGUGUCAAAUUGCAGUUUUCCCUCAUCUUCGGUGCCUGUGAUUCUGCCAUCGCCAGGAAAUUAACAUUAAUUUUCACAACAGUUUCACCUGUUGUGCGUGGAUUUCGAUCGCGCAAAUAUUGUGUCUGACGACAUUUCAAGUGCACGGUGAAUUAUAGGAAACUAGACGCGCGCGCUCGAUCGUCUUCGCGGAAGCGGGACAAGUGAAAAGCCAAAAUGUCGGCGCCACCGACUUCACCGGGAACAUUUAAGAAGAAUGACCUCGUUUGGGCUAAAAUGAAAGGCUUCUCACCGUGGCCUGGAAAAAUCUCAGACCCGCCACUUGAACUGCGAAAAGCACCAAAGAAGAACGUUGCCACGCAGUGUAUUUACUUUUUCGGAACGAGAAACUAUGCAUGGAUCGAAGAGCAAAAUAUCAAACCGUAUCUGCCAUACAAAGACGAUUUAUUAAAAACAAGUAAAACGGGAGCGUUCCGAGAUGCGGUAGAGCAAAUCGAAGAAUACAUCAAAGAUCCGGAGAAAUAUGAAGCUGAAAACUUUCCACCCACGGAAAACUCUGAAUCCGUCGAAGAUCGUUUCAAUCGGUUACGUGACGGAGGCGACGAAACCGUCGAAUCAGAUUCCCCAAUCAAGAAAACACCAUCACCAAAAAAGGUCAAAUCAAUUCUAGCAAAGAAACGCAAUGAUCGUCGUGGCACAUCCUCGCUCCCGUCGAAACGAAAACGUCUUUCGUCGCCGGCGCCAAGUCGCAAGCGAAUGCUCUCGACUGAUAACAUUAUCACGCCAAGUACUUCACGUGCAAGUACACAUCUUGUUACGUCCUUACUAAAUAGGACAGUGGUCCAGCCUCCAUCGGCGCACGAAGUCGAUAUGAAUUCGGAUGCACCGAAUAUCAAAUGUCGUGAAAUUAGUCCUUCAAAACUGACUCUCGGCUUCCUGGGGCUCGGCAUUAUGGGCAGCACGAUUGUUAAGAAUUUAAUAUUAACCGGGCACAAGGUCAUCGUGUGGAAUCGCACUGCUACGAAAUGUCGAAAGUUUAUUGAGGCUGGCGCUAGCUUUGGGCGCACACCUUCAGAUGUUGUUGAGAAUGCCGAUAUAACAUUCUCCUGCGUGGCUGAUCCGCAAGCUUCAAAAGACAUCGUAUUCGGCAACUGUGGCGUUCUUCAAGCCAACUUAGAAUCAACAAACAAGGGAUACGUUGAAAUGUCGAAUAUUGAUCCAGAAACAUCAAAAGAUAUUGCUGAGGCAAUGUUAACAAAGGGAAUGAGAUACUUGGAAGUUCAGUUGCAAGGCUCAAAACCUCAAGUUGAAGAAGGAACGCUCAUCGUAAUGGCUGCCGGGGACCACACUCUCUUCGACGAUUGUCAUUCGUGCUUCCAGUCGAUAGCGAAGCAUUCGUUCUUCAUGGGUGAUAUUGGAAAUGCAUGCAAAGUCAACCUUAUCAUUCAAGGCAUGAUUGGUGUGAGCCUCGUCGGGCUAGCUGAAGGAAUGUCGCUAGCUGAAAGGAGCGGAGUGAAAGUGAAGGAUGUAAUUGAUAUCAUUAAGCUGACAACAUUCUCCUCACCAUUCAUAAUCAAAAAAGCUACAGAAAUGUUGGGCAAUGAAUUCACACCCGAGCUCCCGCUGGCACACAUCCAAAAGGACGUUCGAUUGGUUCUAAAUCUAUCGGAGUGCUUCGACCAUGCCAUGCCCGCCACAGCCGCCUGCAGUGAAGUUCUCAAGCAUGCGAAACAUCUAGGCUAUAGCGAACAUGACGCAAGUGCCGUUUAUGUCAGAGCGAAACUAUAACAGUGAACAAAUUAUUGGUGUACGUUUCGUUCAAGAUAUUUUCUGUAUAAACUGUUCACGUUUUUAUACAUGCAGACAAGAUUCAAUACAUUUUUGAUUUCUAACGAACCAAUACCAAGCGAUUGCGAAAUUUGUUUGUAAUCGUGUAGAUUAGAUCUGAAUAACAAUCGUGAGAAAUUGUAUGCGUGGUGUUUUUCUCCGCUCUUUUCUGAAACCGUUUGAAAACAAAA